AUAAGCAUGCACAUUCAGAUAAUCAUAAAUAUAAAGCUUGUAGAGAAAUGAGUCGAAUGUUGUUCAAUUUUCAAGUUAUUUUAACUUUGAUUAUAGUUUUGUUUACAGCAAAUGUUACUUCGCAGCUUCAAGUUGGGUUUUAUAAAAAUUCAUGUAGAUUUGCUGAGUUUAUUGUUAAAGAUGAAGUUAGAAAAGGAUUCUUUAGGGAUAGGGGCGUGGCUGCUGGUCUCGUGAGAAUGCAUUUUCAUGACUGCUUUGUUAGGGGUUGCGAUGCAUCUGUGCUCUUGGAUUCCACUCCCUCAAACCAAGCAGAGAAAGAUUCUGUUGCCAAUAACCCUAGUCUACGAGGAUUCGAAGUUAUUGAUAAUGCGAAGGCGCGACUGGAAGCUCAAUGUAAAGGAGUUGUUUCUUGUGCUGAUAUACUUGCAUUUGCUGCGAGAGACAGUGUGGAGCUGGCUGGAGGGAUUGGCUAUGAUGUUCCUGCUGGAAGAAGAGAUGGCAGAGUUUCUUUAGCCUCCGAGUCAUUAACCAAUUUACCUCCACCUUCGUUCACUGUAAAUCAACUAACUCAAAGAUUCGCAAACAAGGGCUUCACACAAGAAGAAAUGGUUACACUCUCAGGAGCACACACCAUCGGACGCUCUCAUUGCCCUUCAUUCAGUGACAGAUUAUACAAUUUCAAUGGAACAAACAGUCAGGAUCCAAGUUUGAACUCCAUGUACGCUGCUCAGUUGAAGAGACAGUGCCCACAAGGCAGCACAGAUCCAAAUUUGGUUGUUCCAAUCAACCCUUCGAGUCCAAACGCAAUGGAUUCGGGAUACUAUGUCGAUAUUCUAAACAAACGAGGGUUGUUCACAUCAGACCAAACUUUGCUCACGAACCCAGAAACAGCAAGGCAAGUGAAUCAAAAUGCGAUGACGCCCCUCCUUUGGAAGAAUAAAUUCGCGGCUGCAAUGGUGAAAAUGGGCAAAGUUGAUGUUUUAACAGGCAGUGCAGGAGAAAUUCGAGCAAACUGUAGGGUUGUUAAUUAAUUAAGAUUGUGUAUGUGUACAAUUUGGAUACAUAUGGUUGAAAACUAUAUAUAUGCGUUAAAUUAACUAUAUGAUUAGUAUUUUUGGAUGGUUUAAUAAGGUUUUUAAGCCACCCUCCAGCUCAAGUUUUUGAAGCAUCAA